AUGAAGCUUAACACCAACACUCUCCUAUUUUUCCCCCUUGUUGCAAACGCCCUCCCACUUACCACCCGAAACCCCUCCGCAGAAGCUAUUGAAAACCUUCUCCCACGAGCCGACAACUGGUGCUGGCUCAAUGCCGACGCUCUGGUACACCAGCCUCAGGGCUGCGACUCCACGCCCUUUGACGGCCACCGCAUAAAGGAUGUCAGGGGCAACGAAAACUUUGGAGUUCGCUGUACAGCCCGUGGCAAGGCUUGGGGUUCCAACGGCAUAACAACGUGGGACUGGGUGCCGGGGUGGGGAUGUUGGAUCUGGAGUGGAUGGACGCAGGGCACGUGUGAGAGUGGUCUUCCUUACCAUGAUGAUUAUAAGAAGUGUCUGUGAGAGGUAAUUAAUUGAAGCAGUAUUGUGAAAUGUAAUAAUGCGCGGACAUGGCGGCGUCUUGUGGUAAUAUGCUUUUGUCAUUUUGGCGUUGAUAGGUCCAUGCAAUGAGGGGAUGUCUGGACUGGAGAUGAUGUCUCAACGCAUCAUCGAUCCAUGUGCCAUCUACUACCUACAUUGAGUAUUUAAUUUUCUUUACAAUAACGGGAUGCCACUCAAUCUAUACGGUGUCGUGCGUCCUGUCCACAGUGAUGCCACAACGUGCCUGGAAGCUGUGGAGUUAUAAUAGUAG